CGACAAACGUGGCCAUUACGCGGUGCGUCGCGCGGAUGAAGUAUAUUUUUGGAGGACGAGGGUGGCAAGGGCGAAGGGGAUUCUACCACUGUUCCCUCACGCCGGCUCUGUUUUGCUACGCGAUUCGUCCUCUGUUUGCGCGACGACGAGGGAACGCCGCCGUGGACGCCGCAAAUUAAAUUAUUUCCGUCGCCGCGAAACGACCCGAGCAAGAUAACACCGAUUCACCUUCGUCAUCUUUUGUGUUUCGAAAGACUUUUGCUUUGCGAAAAAAUCCGAAUUUGGGACAAACCGAGUGACGUUGAUCACAAUGGCUACCGCACAAUUGAACAGAGCCAGAACUGUAAAGAAGCUCGAAAAACCACGGCCGCUUAAGCUGAACCAGCGCAAUUCGACCGUCGAUGGACGGAUCACGACUGUAGAGGAUAUAGUGUCCUUAAUCGACAAUGUUGCAAUGCAACUGACCAAUGGCUUCCAUGACCGAACGCUGCAAAUAAAUGUAAUCUCUAUGUGUAGUCAUCUGAAACUCUAUGCCAAUCAAUUAGAAGCUAUUUACAAAGAUCAGCUGGACCGGGCCUUUGUGGCGAUCAGAAAUGGGAGCCAGGACGACAGAUUAGAUCUGACGACCAGGGUUCAUCUGCUGGAACUCAUCGAGCUGCGAGCGAAACAAUGGCGUCACACCGAUUCGAUGGACGUGUACUACAUGCAGAAGUUGUCGCAUUUAGACAAUCAGAUCGAUUCGGUACCCGAUAUAUCUACGAACUCUCUGUCGUCCCCGUUAUUAACUUCACCCACCACGGCACCGACCCUGGGGCCUGGGGAAGUGAUCAAGAAUAGUGGAAAGUUCGCGAAGCCUACGCGCAUACCGGGGAAAAAUUAUUGUAAAGACGAGGUCGUCAUUCGCAACAGUGACUCGGGCAAAGUGAUGGGAAUAAAAGGGCGGCGGGUUCACAUGAUAGAAGAGCUCAGCCAGACGAUCAUCUCCUUCCAGCGAGUAAACCCUGGAGCUAAAGAACGACUUGUCCAAAUCACGGGAACGUCCGAGGACAAGAUUCAUUAUGCGAAGGACUUAAUCAAAGAUACGAUACAACGAAAUGCAUCGCCAGUGAGACUGGAGCAGAGCACCGGCGGCGAGAAAGGAGCCAUGGGAGGUUCCAGCUCUUCACUCAAUAGUAGCGCGUCGGAUGAGAGCAACCGGCUGCAACAACAGAAUCAACAGCACAACUCCCGUUUACGUUCGUCCCUCCUGCACAGUCUCUCCACCAACGACGCCAGCAUAGGCGAAUACAAGUACACCGUCACCGUCGGCAAUCAGUCCCUCAAAAUUACGGGCUGCAAUCUCGACCUUGUCAGGACGGCAAAACUGGUGCUGGACGAACAUUUCUUGGGCGAUUCUGAGAACUUCACUAGUGGGAUAGAAUACUUCAAUUACGAAGAUGAGCCCACCUUUUCCGUAACUACCACCCCCCCUUCCAAUUUUCCCCGCACGCCGUUGUCGCCGUUGGACAAUGUGAACGCUCCUGUUUCUCUAGGCCGAGAGUUAAGUGUGGAAAGCGCCGCGACCUCCUCGGAGAGCGAAGAAACUUACAAGCCUCGUCCGAUCCCUGAGGAGCUAGGCUCGACUCAACAAGUUCCAGAAGCGAGAGAACUUACGUACGAGUUUCUACUCCUAUGCGCGGCGGGCCCGUACGCAAAGCGGCCCCCCGCUGAUUGGGCGCGCAUACAGAAGGAAUGUCCCAAUAUAGUUCGUAAGGCACCGAUUCGCUGGUUCGAACCGGAAGCGUACAAAGCCAAGCUAGCAGCUGCUGGUCCCGUUGCAAUAUUGCCGAUCGGCGAAGCGGAAACCGAUCCCGAGUGAGGCCGGAGGUCAAUUUGUCGCCUUCCUCCCAUUAUCCUCUCCCACCCUAGUGAUGAUAAGGUUUCAGAGAACACGUGUGUGUGUGUGCUGUAACGUCUUGUCGAUCGUAAGAAAUUUGAGAGAAAGGAAGAUUAAGAAGACAAGAAAAAGAAAAUACCUUCUUCAAGGGAAAAAAGAAGUGAAGCGUACGUCGAAGAAUUUCGUUGACAAUAUCUCGAGGAAAAUAAAAGAAAUGUCUUCGUCGAGGAGAUACAUCUAAAUAAAAAUUGUCGGACGUGCGCUUUAUGCAAUCAAUACGCUAGUCAUUAGAGUGAAAAAUGUUUUUUAUUUAUUCAUAAAAAUUAUCGUAUACGCAGUCAUUUUGCGAUCAAUUGUCUUUUCGAUCGAUUACACGUCGUUAUAUGCGAAUCGCGUCAAUACUGUACGGCACGCACGCGAUUUGUAUAACAUUCUGUCGCGGGACAAUGUCGACAAGUGCAAGAAUGUUACGUUAGUUAUUAAUGACAAAAAAAAGAGAUAAGAUCGAUUUGUUGAAACCACACAUUGAAAGACAACAGUUGUUAACUUUCGUACGCGUUUAGAUAGAAUUAUAGUAGCGUUAGAGACUGAGGAAUUAGAAUCGUGCAUUCGAGAGAGGAGAGGAGCAUCUUUUAUAAGCGAGAUUUAUAUUAUUUAUAACGAUUUUGCUAUUCGCCUAAUCGAAAAGACGCGUUUCUCGACAGAAAGGAUUAAUCGUGAACGACUAAUAUUUUACUUUAGAAGAGUACACGGUAGAGAUAACGUUACAAGAACAAAUCCUGCGCUUUUUGUAAGUAGCGAUUCGGAGGGCGGUGGUGUUUCCCAAAUUCAGAGAUUUCAAUCUCGCCGUGUAACGAGCAGUGUUACGCGGCAAGAAAUGAAAUCGUGAUUUAGCAUAGUCUAGUCUACCUAUUUCAACGUAGGAAUUACCAUUCUUUUGGUAUUUACUCUGCUGUGACGCAAUAACCAAAAAAUGUAAAGAACGGAGGAAAGGGAAUUAAAUUUUUUUGAGAGUUUAUAUUUUAUAUACGCUAAAGGAAAGCGUUCGUGUGCUAUGUGCAGUACAUAUAUAUAUCGUGAGGAGAUUGUAGCCAAGUUUUCUUGCUUGACUAUUUUACUGUAUAAUUAGCAUGAGAGUGCCUCAUUCUGAUAAAACGUGAGAUAAUCGCAAAAUUGUAUAAGCGAGAUUGUUACCAAAAAAUUUCUUACAUGCGGAAUUUUAUCUUGCUUUUAUUUUAACAGAUUUAAGAUUUUCACCUCCUUGUGACGUC